CACUAACUCUGUUCUUCUUUCUCUAUUCAGCUGGUUUGUCUUUCCUGUUUUCCUGUUGCGAUCCUGCACUCUUGCUGCUUCAUAUGGUUUUAACUCAAACCGACUAGAUUGUAGUUUCUGCCAUAAAUUCUUUUAGAUUUUUCUUUAAAAAAAUUGUUGAACAAUUGGUCGGAUCUUUAUUUAAGUUGAUGCUUUUCCCAGAAGAAGUGAUUGCCUUGUUUGGCCAAGACAAAAAGAGGGAACCUAGAAUUUGGAUGUUGAACUACUUCGCUUGGAAAUAAGAGUUUGUGAUUGUUCUAUUUCUCUUGGAGUUCCUAGGCCUUUUUCCCCUUUUUGUUUUUUUUAAUCUAUUUAUGCAAUAAAAGUUUUAGUAGAAUUUAGGAUACAGUCUGAAUUUGUCAUUUUUAUAGCUUUAUCUAUGAAGUUAUAUUAAGAAGGUGAUUUUAGGGGUUUGUUUGCUUUCAUUCUGCAGACACAGAUUUUUGUGUUUGACUUACAUAAGAUUCAUGUAAUUGAUCUCAGCUAGUCUGUACACAUCACUCUCACUUGCAAGAUGCAUUUACUAAUCUCAUUUUAGGGUUUAUGUUCUCACUAAUUUUGUUUGAUAGGUCCAUACAUAACAUUUAUCUAUGUUUUACGUUGCCGACAAUCUAAUGAGUGGGAUAAAAGAAGUUUAAUUGUUGUUAUUAUGUUCUCACUAAUUUUGUUUGUUGCCAGAACUCUUAAACAUACAAAUCAAACUGAUAGAUUCUGGAGAGUUGCAUCUUCCUUGACAGUAUGAUUUUAGAACUGAUGGAAUUCCUUGCGAGAACAAUUGGUCUUUCUCCACUUCCUUAAUCGAACUUAUCCCAGUUUGUACAAUAGCAGCAAAGUGUAACAGAUUGUGUACACUGCUUCCACUUCUGAGAAGAAAGAUACAACAAGUUAUGGCAGCAGCCGGAUUUCGCCUUGUCAAAUGUCCCAAAUGCAAGAAAAUUCUUGCAGAAUUUGCCAAUAUUCCUGUCUACCAAUGUGCCGGAUGCAACACCACUCUUCGCUCGAAGAUCUAUAAUUCUACUAUAUUAGGAGAUUCAUCCGAGGACAAAUCACAGGAGCUAAUAGAUAAUGUUUCGGUCGAAAGCAAAUUGGAUCGUUCUGAGAAUGAAAUGACUGUUUGUGCAUCACAAGAUGGAAUGCAUAAUCCUGAACAGCUUGAUCAACAAUCAUCUUUCAAGGAUGAUCCUAACAAUUAUGCCAAAGAAUUGACAGAAUCAGAAAAUGAUGAAAGCUGUGAUUUGCAGAAUCUUAGUCGUACUGUUGAAGGAAUCGACAUGCACAUUUUGACACACAAAGAUCCCAAUCCUGAACUUGUAGUUGAAGAAGCUUGCACUAUGAAUGGAGUGAAGACUUUUCUGAAACCUCCACAACAGCUCGAUAACAGCUCGAGUAUGAGUGGUAGAAUAGAAAAUUUUGCAGAAUCUCCUAGUAGUUUUGGACAAGAGAAGCAUGACAGUAUUUCAGGCUCUAGCACAACCAGUUCUAACCUGUAUGAUGACAGUGUAUCUUCAGUCGAUGAUCAUUUUAGCCAUCACACCCCUCGCAAACGUAUCGGAGUAUCUAGAAGGACUUUCAGACAGAAAAAAGUUGUUGAUUCAGCGGACAUUGGGCACAAAGGAACACAAGAUCAAGCACAAGAGCUGCCGGAAGAUCAACCUGUUGACAGAUUAGUUCCUAAUGCAGUUGAUUUGCCUACCAGCUUAGAUAUUGUGGCACCUACCGAAAAUAAAAGUCCUAGAAGGAGAGACACCUCUCACAUCUCUGAAGACUUUCAUUCAGUGCAGAACUGGUUUGAACCUGAAGAGGAUGCACCUUUAAAGUAUCUCACAGUAGUUGCAGAGAUCCUUAAGGGUUCAGCUUACAGUCAAACUGCAAGCCCCUCGGUAGGGUUCCAUUCGCCAGAGUACAUUAAAAUGGAGAUACUUAAGAAGGUAGAUGAAUUGCGAAAGGAGAUUAGUAAAAUGUUUAACAAAUCUGAUGAAGGCAUGGGAAUAUCACAUGCCAAUUUUGUACCAAAUAGUUGUUGCCACAAUGGAAUUUGCACUGCUUGUCACCAUGAUAAGCCAUGCAAUUGCUGUAAUACAGUGAGUCCGGAGAUGCUACACAAUAAGGAGAUAAGGCACCAGAAGAAGCGACACAGCAGGCCAGUUUUAGGAGGUGCUCCUUUUGUCAUUUGCUACAAUUGCAUGGAGUUACUUCAACUCCCUAUCGAUUUCUUUGUGGUCAAAAAAAGAUUGUAUAAGCUGAGGUGUGGCGCUUGCUCCAAAUUACUUGUGUUCUCUUUCAGAGCUCCAAAUCCUAAAGGUGCCAUUGAAAAAACAGAACAAUCAACAAGUGAGAAGGAAAGUUUAAGUCAUACAUAUGCUUCUCUGAGGUACGAGAUACCUAAUUCUCACUUGAAUGAUAGAUCUCGAUCUGAAUCAAUUUCUCACUCUGAAAGAGAGUGUGGAGAUCAUAUGGAUAAAAGAUGUGAUAAGAAUGUAACUAAUGGUCGUCAACUGCAUCAGCUUAUGGGCUAUGAAUCAGCUAGUGAACUCAUAUAUCAACACAGUCGUACUAUUGAAGAUUUUGAUUACAUUGAACAGACCUCGUCACAUUUUAACAGUUUUGUGGAACCAUACUUAGGUGAUGGAAGGAAAGAAACACCCGCUUGCAUUUUUGAUGCUAUGACAAGUGAUAAGUACAAGAACUUUUUGGAAGGUAAAGAAGAAACUGAGUCGCCGGAGCCGUCAAAAUCUGGAACCGGAGCUUCUCCACUACAUGAAUUGAUGAAGAUCAUGAGGCAUGCAUCCAACAAAAAAGUUAAUGAAGCAUCCGAUUAGUAAAAAGAAAGCAGGUGAUAAGAUCAUUUUUAACUCCAUACUUGGAGAUCAUGUAUAUGUAUGUGUAUAGAUUAUUCUUGUUUCUCGGACAAGUUAGAUAUGUGUACCUGUGCAAGUGAGGUAGCCUUUGUUGAUUUACUUCAGCCAUUCCACUCCUUUAUGUGUAUGCAUUUGGACAUACUUCUUCGGGUUUUGAAUAGUAAGAACCUAGAUCAUUGUUUCUGCUUCA